UCCCAUCUCUCCCACAAGCUGCUGCCUCUGUUGUCCAGACAACAACUAAACUGCCAAAAAUGUCUGCCCCCGACACCCCCUGCCGUCCUUCCUUCCUUAUUUCUGUCAUAAAUUACCCUAAAAGUUCAGAAUGGGGAUUUGCAAGUUUCUUUUGAAAAGUGGGAAUUUUUUUUGUUUUGUUUUUUGUAUCAGUUGCCUGUAAUUUAGUAAUAUAAAGUUGUAAUCUAUUUCUGCUUUCUUAGUAAGAUGUUGACAAUAUGAGGCAGUUCCCUGUUGGAUGGAAAAAAAGAAAAAAACAGAAAAAAUCAUGCGGUCAGGCUAUGAGUGAUGUGGGCGGGGCUAGUGGUGCUCCCUGGCCAAUGAGGUCAAAGGAAACCAGCUCUGACUCGCAGUUUCUCCACCCCAGGAGUAAAACUGCAGGCUCCCAGAAACAUCUCACACAGUAUGCAUGAAGGAGAAGAGAAGCGUUGAUCUGUGAAUGUUCUCGCCGCCGGCCGGGAGUGAGAUGCUUCACUGAGAAGGAGGCACGUCUACUGACCAUCAUGAACAAACUGGCCAAAGCUCUGUACGAUAACACAGCAGAGUGUGCAGAGGAGCUGGCUUUCAGGAGAGGAGACAUCCUAACUGUGCUGGAUCAAAAUGUGUCAGGGACCAGCGAGUGGUGGAGGUGCAAGCUGUACGGACGACACGGCCUGGCCCCUGCGAACAGGCUCGAGCUCCUGCCGCAAGCUGCAACCACGGAGAACACCGUCAACCAAGAGGCUGAAAGGACAAUAGACAGCGCACAAAACAUCUACCAAAUCCCGAGUGUGCCCAGACAAGUCACCAGCCCUGUUUAUGAACCCAUGAAAGCCAUCUACAAGGUCCCGUCUGCUCCACCAUCAGCCUCAAAAUGCUCAGCAUUUCAGCACAGCCCAGGAGAAUCCGAUGCAGACAAGCCUUCGUUCUUCAGCAUUUCCUCCAGCCCAAAAGGAGACGUUUACGACAUCCCCUCUCAACCCAGACUGGCCUGUUUUUUCACUGAAUCAUUGGUUUCCCGGUCACCGAAACACUUGGUUGUUUCAAAUUCAGAGCUGGACAGGAAGUUUGGUUCUCCUGAGAAGUUGAGGCCAAACAGUCCUGGAGACUUUGAAAUAUGUGCAGCUCCACCACCUCUGGCUCCAGACCCAAACUAUGACAUCCCUGUUCCUUCAAGCACAGAGCUUCAACACAAAGUGAUAACUGGGUACAGCACCCUCCCAAAUCUCAGAACGCCUGAGUGGAUCUAUGAUGUGCCUGCAGGUCUACCCCAACACAGCUACAACUCCCUGUCCUCCAAAACCAUUUGCAGCCAGCCAUAUAACACUAAUUCUUUACGUUUUCCACUUAUAAAGGGAGACAAUCCAGCAGCCUCGUUUUAUGACAUACCAAAACCUAGCAGUCUUGAAGUCUUAAGUCCACCCAGACUUUUACAGCGUGUCCCAUCUUUUGAGAAACCACCAACGCCGCAGCUUAAUGAAGAGUUUGUGUAUGAUGUUCCUCCAAGGAAGGAAGAACUCAUCCAAGGUGCCAGUGACAUUACCUGUGAGAACCAACUCCCUGAGUGCUGGAGGAAUUCAAGCAACACAUCUGAACUCAAACGAGUUCGCCAGCAGCGAAUGAGAAACUUUAUGGAAUGCAUGUCUUUCCAUGGCUUUUCAAGAAGUGAAGAACAAGAAGCGCCAGAGCGGGAACGGAGAAGAACUCUGUUUCAGUCCUCAAGAGACAGCCAAAGGAUCAGCACAGCCUCCAGUUCUUCCACCAGCUCCUCCACCAGCUCCUGUGAUUCUCUGGCAUUAAGCUCAUCUUCCCCCGAGCCUCUGCCAGAGGUCACACUCAGCCCAGACGAGGUCUGCCACAAACUAUCUGAAUUGCAAAAUUCUGUUGUUCAGGCUGUUCCACAACUCAUGGUGUUUGUCAGCAGCAGCUGGAGGUAUCAGGAGCAUCUGAGGAAACAUCUGAAGGAGAUCAAAGACGCUACAGAGCUGAUUUCACGGUCUCUUAUCUGCUUCCUAAACUUUACCCUGGACAUUAAAGGAAAUGCACGGCGCUUAACUGACAUCAAUCUACAGACCAGGCUCUAUAAGCAGCUGUCCAUCGUAGAGGAUUCAGGCGUGAUCCUGCAACAAACAGUGAGAGAUCUGAACUCGACGGGAUGGCCCCUUGACAAACUCUGUCAGAAUCCCGGUCAAGUCCAGUCACCUGACCAGCUGGAUCGUUUCGUUAUGGUUGCAAGGACUGUUCCGGAUGAUGUCAAGCGCCUGGUAUCGAUCAUCAACGCCAAUAGCAAGCUUCUGUUCAGAGUUCCUCAGAAAAGUGCGGAGCCUGUGAGCUCCCCGGCUCCUGGGGAGGCGAAGAAAUGCUCAGAUGAAAACAAGCAAGAAGAUUCAAUGGAAGACAGCAACGACUAUGUGGAGCUUGAGGCUAAGAUUGAAGAAAAGAAACCAAAAGAAAUUAAAGAGACAGAGAAGGUUACACCAGCUUCUCAAACGACAUGUCCUGAUGAGCAGCAUCCCUCCUCUGACUCCGGCAAUGGCACAGAAGCACAUCAAGCAUCUCCCAUGUCUGAACACUGCAGGCUUUACUUUGGAGCUCUCCAAAAGGCGAUCGGGGGAUUUGUGGGCAGCGUUCGUGAUGGCCAGCCUCCAGAGAAGUUUAUCUCACAAAGCAAGCUGGUGAUCAUGGUCGGCCAGAGACUAGUUGACACCUUGUGCAGAGAAGCCCAAAGGGAGAAGCCAAAUCAGACCCUGUUGUGUAAAAGCAACCACUUGUGUGCUCUCCUGAAACAGCUGGCGGUGGCCACCAAGAAGGCAGCGCUGCACUUCCCAGACAAACAAGCUCUGUGCGAAGCCCAAGAGUUUGCAAAGGAGUUGGCCCAACGAGCACAGCACUUUCGCAUUUCUCUUGAUAUCUGAGAGCAUCAGCGGAAAACAUGCACCCGAGUUUCUUCUCUGCACACCUUAAAAUAUUGUGCCUUUUUUGAGCCAUCGUCUUCUGAGUCUGCCAGUGUGGAAAUGAAUUCAGGUCUUGUUUAAAAUGCUCAAAAAUGCCUACAGUAUCAGUUCUGAAACAAAUUGCACAUUUUAGAAACUGCAUUCAAGUCAAUUUAAAAAAUGCAAUGUAAAUGUAAAGUCUUCGUCUCUUUUCUUUCAGUAAAUAUUUGUCAUUGAUACUUUUGGAUUGCCAAAGGUGGUUGUUUGAUACAUUCUACUUUUUGGGGAAAUUUGUGGAAAUAAAUAUUUUGCAUAACCAAAGCUUGAAAGCAGGCUUUCCUGAACAUGUUUGAUUUUUAAUAAAAAACUGAAUAUUUUA